CCGGUCGAGACCGCGUCCGGCCGCCGCAGUGAUGAUACAUAAGUUUACUGAGCUACUGCUACUGUUUAUACCCAGAUGCUUCUGCCUGCUGCUCUCUCUGUCGUCGUCAACUCUCAUGUGCUUGCAGAGCUUGCCGAUGCUCGCAAUGAUGCCGCUCCCUCUUCUUCUGUCCGCUCUCGUCGCGCUCUCCUCGGCCGUCCACGCUGCGUCUGCGGCCACCGCAGUCAUUGCCCUCAGCCCCUGGACGACAACAUCUGACGGUCAAGUGCUCACAAUCACACCUUCGGUCUACGCUGGCGUUACUGUCUCCCCCUCUCCGACACCGACUACCGCAUCCUCGGCUUCCUCCAAAUGGGUCUCUCUGGACUCUUCCGGCAUACCAUACGAUACCACGGCCGUCGUAUCUGGCACCAUUACCCUCAAUCCUUCCCCCACACCAUCUGCUUCUGACGAGAUAUUCUAUCAGACUGCUGCCCCUGUGCUCGGGUGCUGGGCUGAACGCCUGCCCACAACAGACGACGAUCUUCCCGGUGUUCCAUUCUGCACGCCGCACAAUGCUUCCGAACUCGUUGUCGGAGAGACUUACUUUGUUACAUGGGAUCCCAGCUAUUUUGGCGGCGGCCUAGAUGAUAUUGUGAGCGUAAAGCUGCAAGGCAGAGCUCUCGGAAACCUGACAUCUAUCGAUGAUGAUGACGACCUCAUCUUUGAGACCGGCCAGAUUACCAACGCCUACGGAUUUUAUCCUCUCACCAUCCUCGAGAACUUCACCUCCGUCAACUACGAGGGCUACUUUUAUCUCAAUAUCAUACCGGUCGUUCCAUCUGACUCAAACGCAACCCACACUGGCACCAAGUCCGGACCAAUACUACGAGCAAUCGACUCAGUUUCCGACGCGCUCUACUCUAUCAGCCGUCUUCCUUCCGACAAUGUCCAGGAUGAUGACAGCGGCAAUAGCAGUUAUCACUCUGGUCUGGAGCGCUCUGCCAAAAUUGCUAUCGGUGUGGUUGUGCCUCUAGCAGUGAUAUUUGUGAUCUGCAUACUAGUCUACAUGAUUCAUUACAAGCAUCGUGGUGCUAGGAUUCGUGCAGUCUUUGGAUCACGAGGAUACGGUGUGCGAGAGUCUCGUGCUGAUCGUGUAAAGUCUAACUUUGAGCUGGGCCACUUCAGUGAUCGGCGAGAGACCACAGCACAGUAACCAUUGCGAUAUCUUCAUCUUUGUCAUGUUUUGCUGAAUGAUUCUUUAGUUUUUUUCACUUCUCUUUGCUAGUUUGCUUCUGGUUGGGUUUUUAUGAUUUUUCGGAGUAGUGCUGUAUGGUCGGAAUAAUAUGAAUAAUAUCUAAUAUUGAUGAACAUAAACGUAAACAGAAGUGUGCAUCAUCAUGUUGCUUUAUCGUGCAUUGACGCAGCACGACAAAGUGCAGACACCUGAUUU